AUGCUUCUCGAGUUUGGGUUAAUCAAUUCAAGCUUGAUCACCACAGGUACGCUAGGGGAGAUUAGCCUCGCCGGUGAACUAGCUGUAGGAUCUAAGAAGGCAGGCGUCGCGAUGAAGCUGAGCCAGAACCCAAAAGAACAAUUGUUGGCUGCGCAGAUUACCGACCUAGGUGUCGUAGACCUUGUCCAGUCCGCUUCAAUGAUCGCAAAUGAAAGAUUCCCGGAGCUCGAGGACUUUCUUCACUUCAAAAAUGCUGGGCUCUAUCUUUCGACAGGAACUUCUAUUGGGGCGACUGAAUACCCUACAGGCGCAUCUCUGAAAGGCGAUAUGACGAUAUCCGGAAAGCGGGCGCAAUUCAACUGCAGUGUGGGAUCCAAAGUACAGCUGCAAGCCUCGAUCGAGCAAUUCCAACUAGGGCCCGAACUUCGACUUAAGCGUCAUGGUGAUUUCUGUCUCAAAGACUACAAGUCUUGGACAAAUGCCGAUUUCGAGAUCCAUGGCUUAAUGGAACAACACCUCAUUGACCAUGUUGUUGGACAACUCGAACAACAGUUACAAGCCGCACAAAAUGCCGCCAAGCAUAGCUUUGACGAAAUGAAAAAUGAUAUGGAUGCUAAGGAGGCAGCUUUCAAAGAACACUCCAAAGUCGACGAGGCAGAGCGCGCCUUCAAGGAUCUUAUUACCGAAAAGGCAGCCGAGUUAGAGCGCGUACGAGCAGAUGCAACCGCGGCCAUUCAACAAGCGGAUUAUGAUAUUGGCGACGCACAACGAGAUAGUGACAAUGCGGUCCUCGAAGCGCAAAGUGAUCUGCAGCAGGUCCGACGUGAAUUCGAGCAAGGCUUUGGUGGUGCAGAACGCGACCUUGAGGGUGCACGUCAUGAGGUCGAAAAUGCGCAGCGCCAUGUUGAUGAUCAUGAUCGUGACAUUGACCACAUUAACCGCCGUAUAGAUGAUGGGCCCUGGUAUAAUUGCCCUCCACUACUUGGAGAGAAGGCUGGCUUGUUGGCUGCCCAGGCAGCGGCAACCUCUUCGCUCCAGGUAGUGCGCGGUAUCUUCUUCGCGGCUGAGGGCAUUGUGCACGGGACUGGAUUUGUGGCAGCAGAAGGUGCAAUUGGCGCAGCGGAAGUAGCAUUAGAUGGCGUGCAAAAGGUCAAAACCGAGGCAUUGAUUGUGGCUCGUGCAGGGCUUGACAGAGUCCGAGACGCUCAAAAUGCGAUCAUUCAGACCGCCGUGGGUGGUCUUCCCGCGGUGGUGACUGCAAGCGACGAAUUUCACGUCUUUUAUGUCGCUCGUAGUGCACUGGAAGGCGUCGAGAGCCUUGCUCAGGGAGCAAUUAGUGGUGCACAAGAAGCUGUUGAUGGUUUAAGCCAAUGUGGGGAGUUCAUCGCCUUCGAUGCUGCUGAGACGGCGCUUCGGUUCGCACAGAACAACACUAGCGAGUUGAACCUGGCCCGACAUGCUCUAGAGCUGGCUGAGGGUGCAGUCAAUUUGGGACUCGAUCUAGGGCAGUGGGCAGUACACCAUGCUGGACAAAUCUUCAAUAUCAUCAAAGUGGAAUUUUCGGGCUCCGGGCAGAGUCUUAUCCAUGCCUCAGCCGGUACAGCUCCAUUGCGUGUCACCAUUUAA